AUGCGUGAGAGACAAAUGUAUUUUAAAGUGGAGGAGAGCGAUUUGCCUUUGUGCAUGAUGCGAGGCAUCACGAAUAUGAAAAGUAAAGAGAAACACGACUCCGUCUUCGAGGGGUUAAACAGUAAAUGCUUCACAUGUGGGACUGCUUCAAAUAACACUUCAGAGGCAUGUACCAUCACUCUGGCAUCGCCACUGAGAGUUUAUGUUUCCUUACACAAGUUGGAAACAACCGUUGCUGAAGAGGCGGCAGUUAAUUUGCUCACGUUCCAGGCCCCAUCUUCUGGUUUCUGUCCUUCCAUUCCACCCCCCCCCCUUUACACCCUCUUUGAUUUACACCUGCGUUUCGUAGAUAUAAGUUCUGACACUACUCUCAACAGUAAAGCAAUGUCUCUCACACUCUGGUUUCAGCCACACCACGAAAACGCCCGCAACCUCAAGCUACUGGUGGUUGCUGCCUUUGCAAACGUUCCUGUGACGGUGAAGGCGUGUGAAUAUGGGCGAGAGAACGAGACGGAGGAGUAUCGCCGCAACUGCAGUCCGUGCUGCCGCUACCCUGUGCUCCAGACGGAGGACGGAUGUAUCUUCGAGUCAAACGCGAUCGUCCGACACAUCGCACGACUUGACAAAAGCGGCAGUUUUCUGUACGGCCGCACACCCUUUGAGGGCAGCCAGGUGGACAUGUGGUUGGAUUUCGCCGCAACGGAACUCGAUACUGCCGCAAAGCCAUUUGGUUUAAACAUAUACCGCGGUGUGCCCAUCCCAGUCGAUGCGAUGGAUUCCGUGCACGAGGUGUUUGGUGGCCUUGAGACAUGGCUGGAGACGCGCACAUUCCUGGUUGGUGAGCGUUUGACCGUCGCAGACAUCUGCGUCGCGUUUGCCCUUCAAUUUCACUACCGUGCGAAUGCUGCGGAGGGUGAAGCCCUGACAAAGAAGUACAGGAAUGUCUACCGAUUGUACAACACGGUGAUGCAACAACCCAAGACAGUGGAAGUACUAAAAUCCCAGGGUGCAACUUUCGGGCCAGUGAAGGCUAAAAAGGCAGAGCAGCAAGCACCUAAGGCGGAGAAGGCUCCCAAGCCCGCUCCGAAGGAUGAUGAUGAUGAUGAUGUCCCGAAGGAAAAGAAGAAGCCGAACCCGCUGGACGAGCUCCCACCGAGCCCAUUUGUUCUGGAUGCAUUCAAGCGCGAGUACAGCAACAACGACACACGCACGGUGGCGGCACCAUACUUCUUCCAAAACUACGACGCGGCUGGGUACACAUCGUUCUGGUGUCGCUACAAGUACAACGAAGAUAACAAGAUGCAAUUCAUGACAGCGAACCUCGUCCGUGGGUGGUUUCAGCGCAUGGAGCACACACGCAAGUACGCGUUUGGGGUUGCCCUAAUCAUCGGGGAAGAGAAGAAGCACGACAUCGUUGCGUUGUGGGUGUUCCGGGGUAAGGGUAUGCCGGAGAUCGUGAAAGAUGUGGAAGACACGGAGUUGUUUGACUGGGAAGAGAUCCCCGACGUGAGCGCCCAAAGGGAACGAAUUACGGACUACCUGUGCUGGGAGGGUCCGACCAUUCCGAAACCCGUUCUUGAGGGCCGCGUCUUUAAAUAG